AUGGCGCUGGAAGUCAAGGAUUUGUGCAAGAUGUAUGGAAGAUUACGAGCUGUCGACGGACUCACUAUGGGAGUACGAAGUCGAGAGUGUUUUGGUCUCUUGGGAGUGAAUGGUGCGGGAAAGACCACAACUUUCGACAUCCUUACUGGACAGUCAUUUGCGACAGCUGGAUCAGCUCGUAUAGACAAGCGAGAUGUGACGGAACAAAUUCCCAUUGGUUACUGUCCACAGUUUGACGCUUUGAUAGAACUUACUGCGAUUCAGAUACUAGCGCGAAUGCAUGGGUUCCCGGAACCAAAAGAGCUAGCUGAGUUGGUACUUCAUUCUGUAGGCAUGGUAGAUCAUGCGGACAAGCUGAUUCGAUACUACAGGCUAGCUUUUUACUAUUUAUACAUUAUUUUUGGAGGACAAAGGCGAAAAAUUAGUGUUGGUCUUGCAUUGCUAGCCCCCACGAGAAUAAUCAUUCUGGAUGAGCCUACUGCUGGAAUUGAUCCGAAGGCAAGGCGUGAAAUUUGGGAAGUGUUGUCGAUGAUGCGCGACAGCUCAGAAUCAGCUUUACUGCUUACUUCGCAUAGUAUGGACGAAUGUGAGGCUUUAUGCAGUCGAAUAGCCAUUCUACAAAAAGGCCGCAUGAUCGCGAUAGGCACGAGUCAGCAACUGAAAUCGAGGUUCGUCAUCGAAUAG